UUGCUGCGGGCCCCGCGCCACCUGGCGGCUGGUGCGAGGGCAAGCGCAGGGUUCCCAGUGCGAGACGGCUUGCUGCAGCACAUGUGUAUUGGGGGCCACCUGGUGGAGUGGUGGUCAUAUCCGCCUACUUCAUCACCAGCGUCGGCAUGGACCCUCAGAACCAGCACCUCCUGCAGGUAUUGGCGUCCUACGUUGGCCAUGUGAUUGCGGAGGGCCUGGACUGGAUCGUGCUCGGGGACUGGAACAUGCCGCCCGAGGCCUUGGACCAGAGGAUGCUCCCGCCGCAGGUCGAUGAAGCCUCGCCACUACCGGUGCACGCAGCGGUGAAGUUCCCACUCCUCGUUGACGAUCGCGCGCUGUGGAUGAGGGUGCCGCGCGAGCCAGCUAGCUACGUCAUCAAGCCAGGCUGUGCCCGCCCACCGCUGGCGGACCACUGGAAGCACGUCGACUCCAUGAUCGCGGCGGCCUGCGACGACGAUGCCCUCCAGUGCUGUUGGGACAAGGUGCUCCGAAGUUUGGAGGCUGAGCUGCCGAACCGAGCCGACAUCAUGGUGCACGCCUGGGCCUCCUUGGCGCGCUGGGCCAAGCAUGUGCUGCGGUCGCGAACGCAUCUGGCCAGGUUGACGCAUCUCUACGUGAAGGAUCCCAUCCCACGCGCUGCGGGCACGGCCAAGAACUUCGCAGAGCUCUGCAGAGUCUUCCAGCGCACUGCCAAGGCCAAACACGUAUGGGAGUACGCUACCAUCCAGGUGUGCGACCUCUUCGCCCAGGGCAUCCUGCUGCUGGUCGAACCCAACCUGCAGGUCUUGAUGGCGCAAAUGGUGACAGUCUACAAGGACCACCUCGCCAUUCAUGCUCGGGUUACCUUGGCUCGGUGGCGGGCAUGUGUCCAAGAGGCGUUCGAGAACGGCGCUGGUGGCGCCCACCGUGCAACCAAGGUCCAGGACAGGCUCGAGCUCAUGAGCUCCUUCGGGCAGAACGAGAGCAUGCUGGACCCCUACGCGAGGGCUGACCUGGCCAUGGACGAGUGGGAGGCCAUCUGGACCAGUGGUGAUGCCCGAUGGCUUCCCCUGCCAAGUGAUGCUCACCUGUGGCCGGCGUUGCCGUCGCUGGAUGGGCAGCAGAUCCGCGAUGCCACCCUCGCCUUCCGCAAGAAGACGGCUGCAGGGCAUGGCAAGAUGCAUCCGCGUGACCUCUGGCACAUGUCCAGCCAGGCGUUCGACACCUUGGCAGCGCUCUUUAUGAGGUGCAAGGACCUCCUCUCCUGGCCGUCGGACCGCAUCGUCAACGUGAUGGUCAGGAUCCCCAAGGAGGACGGCGGCUCGAAGCUCAUCGCCCUGGUCUCGGCUUUAGUCCACCUCUGGGCUCGCGCCCGACGCCCGCUGUCCAGAGACUGGAUCAAGCAGCACAGGCACUCCUCCAUCUUCGGGUUAUCGAAAGGGCGCUCGUCCAUUGACUCCGCGUUCAGCCACAACUGGGAUGCCCAGAUUGCGCGCCCCCUGGGCCAGUCCAGCCUGACGUUUAUCCUGGACUUGCACGAGGCCUUCGAUAGCGUGCCGCUUGGCGCCCUGCUCCAGGAGGCUCGGGCGUGUGACUUCCCAUUGAGAUUGGCCUGGCAGCUGCUCGCCUACUUCAGGAUGCCUAGGACCAUUCGGGCAGAUGGCUGUUGGUCGCGACAGGUGUGCGUUAGCCAGAGCAUCUUGGCGGGCUGCGCGCACUGCACAGGAUUGCUCACGGUGCUCCUGUUUCGCUUCAGCACGAAGCUCCGGAGCAUGUCCGAUGAGGUUCUUCCGCCACGUGCACUGAUGGACCACCUCACUAUGCAGUGGACUGGACAGCAUGUUCAAGCUAGCGCCCGUGCGCUCAAGGCUGCCUUUCUGGGCUUCAUGGAGGAUGCGGAGCCGCUCGGCAUGGCCAUCAAGCUCGACAUGUCGGGCUGGCUCGGCACCACUAGCGCCGCAGUUCGUGGAUUCUCGAGGGCGGCCCGCGCCCUGCAGCUACCCCAGCGGAGGGGCGCGCGCAACCUGGGCCACGGCGCCCACGGGCGAGGACAUGGGGCGGCGGUUGCAGGGGCCGCGGAUGAGCAGCUCAGGUCGCUGCGGCACUCGGCGGCAUCGCUGUGCUCUGGCAAGGGCGGGGGGAACUGCGGCUCCACCACGAUCUAUCUGGCCACCCAGCGGGGCCCGUGCAUGGAUCCCGUCUUCGACGUGACGAUCGCUCUUGUGGCCCGCUACUGCGCCCACGCCUGGGGCGGCAAGCUCGUCCUGGGCCAUCUCCAACGAGCUUGGCAGGCGCAGGCCGACAGCUGGCAG